AUGGAAUCCAAAAACAUCGUGACCCUGGAUCAGAAAAUCUCCCACUCAGACCUCGUGGCCGACACCGAAGAGGCGAUCAAGGAGGACCACGAGCUGGGAUUCUUCCGAUCGGUCCAGCUCUACCCCAAAGCCAUAGCCUGGAGCAUGGCCAUCUGCGCCGCCUCGAUCAUGGAUGGGUACGACCUUCACGUCGUCGGUCUGCUGUUCGCCGUGCCGGCCUUUCGAACCGCGUACGGAGACCCACAGCCAGAUGGCAGUCGUCAAAUCUCCGCCCCAUGGCAAUCCGGGCUGAACAAUGGUUCCAACAUCGGACAGUUGGCAGGCUUGUUCCUGGCCGGGCUUUUGAGCGAGAGAUUGGGAUUCCGCAAGACUUUGAUGAUUGCGCUGGUCCUGACACCCUUUCUUAUUUUGAUCCAAUUCUUUGCCCCGAGUCUGGUGGUCUUGGAAAUUGGCCAAAUUUUGCUAGGCAUCCCUAUGGGUCUAUUCCAAACCACCACCAUUGUCUACGCGGCCGAGGUUGCCCCGACAUCUGUUCGGCCGAUGUUGACCUCCUGGGCCAGUCAGAUGUGGGUCCUUGGUCAAAUCCUAGCCGCAGUGGUUGGCCGCAGCGUUCUCGGGGUACGUGGUUCUUGGGCGUACCGUAUUCCAUUUGCCGUUCAGUGGUUCUGGCCAAUCCCCGUCUUUAUCGCUGUCUUUUUCGCUCCCGAAUCGCCUUGGUGGCUGGUUCGACAACGACGCCUGGAAGAUGCAAAGAAAUCUCUCCGGCGACUGACGUCUGACAAGGCCGGAGUCGUCAACAUCGACAAGACUGUGGCUCUGAUGUUGGUAACGACGGAGCAUGAACGCGAAUUGAACGCAAGCCGGAGUUACGCGGCCUGCUUCAAGGGGACCGACUUCCGCCGGACGAGCAUCGUCGUUGCUUUGUACUGCAUGCAAAUCGCCGCUGGGUCGACGUUACGUGCGUACGCGACGUAUUUCUUCGAGCAGGCGGGGCUGGCUUCGGACUGGUCAUUCAACCUGUCCAUCAUUACCUAUGUGCUCAGUUUUGUCGGCACCGUGGUGACGGCAAGUUGGUUCUUGAUGCCUCAUGUCGGUCGCCGGACCCUCUUUAUCUGGGGCAUGGCCACCCUCAACGUCAUCUACUUCAUCAUUGGCGGUCUGGCCAUCCCCGCACACCAGUCUUCCCUCUCCUGGGGAAUCGCGUCGCUUCUAGUCAUCAACGGCUUCGUCGCCUACGUCUGCAUCGAACCCAUCGUCUUCGCCCUCGGCUCCGAGGUCCCGUCCAUGCUCCUUCGGAGCAAAUCGGUCGCCGUCGGUCGUCUGAUCUACGCUGUCUUCAACAUCGCCGCCAACGUCCUGACCACCUACCAGAUCAACCCUUCCGCGUGGAACUGGGGUGCCAAGACUGGCUUCUUCUGGGGCGGUUUCGGCCUGUUGGCCCUGGUCUACUCGUACCUCGCCCUGCCCGAGACCAAGGACAAGACGUUUGCCGAGCUCGAUUACCUGUUUGAACACAAGGUGCCGGCGAGGAAGUUUGCAAAGACACAGGUCCACCCGUCAGAGAUUGCCGCAUGGGCACAGAGGUAG